AUGUACAUGAUGGAGUCGUGCUCAUGUGGAAUCCUUGUAAACGGAAUAGCCAUAAUGAUGACGAAAUUAUCGGGUGCACUCCAUAACGCAUUCGGUGUGAUCACGAUGGGAUAUUGCUUAUCGAAUUUGGUCAUUUUAGUGGUGAUUGGAACGUGGACUAUCAUCGUAUUAACACUGUGCACUCUUAUCGACUUCGUAUCCAAAUCACUAGUCACGGUCUAUUUCAGCGGCAACAUUUGGCCGGAUUCCCCUCUGCAAUAUGUCGCCGGUCAAGUCUCGAACGGCAUGUAUUAUGCGAGUAUAACAGUGCACUUAUUGCUCGCGAUCAAUCGUCUCUGUGCCAUUUGCUUCCCGUCAAAAUACGCACGACUAUUCUCGUUCGAAAAUGCGGUCACAUCACUUGUGUUCCUUAUGAUGGUCACCUUCUGCAUUUCAUUCACUUACUACAUCGAUGGAUGUGGAUAUAUAUUUACAACGGAUAAAUUUGUAUGGAGAUUCGAGGAUACUCAGUGCGGUUAUAUAAUAUCGGUUUAUGCGGAUUUUUAUUUUCCUCUUGGUGUAGUUGUUCUGAUGACGAUCGUAGACAUUUGCACGCUAUUCAUGUUGCACUCUUCUGCGAAGAGAGCCAACAGAGCAGGCAUUGCAACGGUUUCCCAGCAUUCGAGUCGUACUCGAAAUCGUGAAAUUUUGUUCUUCUUGCAGUCAUGCACAUGUGGUUCAGUUUACGUUCUUGGAGUGAUCUCGUUUCAUGUCCUUUCAACGUUCGUCACAUCAACGAAAUGGGGUGAAUUCGGUUGCGUGACUUUUGCUUGGAUUUUAGUGCAUUCCCUGGAUGGGGAAUAUUUCAGACUGUUCGUUGUUCUUUUCACGCUGUAUCGUCGUCAGCACGGCAAAACAUUACCUGUUGCUCCAUUGAUCAAUGGAGCUGUUACUCCAUUGAACGGGCAACCUGCACGAGUAACGUAA